GUGCGGUGCGCGGCACUCUAGUGCUUCCGCAAAGAUGGCGGCGGCUGCGGGGAGAAGCGCUCGGCUAGCGGCCUGGGGCGGAAGGUUGCGGCAGGGACUCGCUGCCAGCCGCCGAGCCGUGCCAAGCCCUGGCCCCUUGGUAGCAGCAGUGGCCGGCGUGACCCUGGCAGGGGCAGGAGCGGCCUGGCAUCACGGCCGCCUGAAUGUCGCGGCACGCGACAGCAGCCUCCCCGCCUUAGCACAGAAAAAUGUUGACUGUGGAGCAAUAGAAAAACUAUCUCUUCGUAAACAGCGGUUCAUGCAGUUUUCUUCACUAGAACAUGAAGGAGAAUAUUAUAUGACACCACGAGACUUCCUCUUUUCAGUAAUGUUUGAGCAAAUGGAACGUAAAACUUUAGUCAAGAAGCUGGCAAAAAAGGAUAUCGAGGAGGUACUGGCAGGAAUCCGUACAGCUAAUUGUGGAUCAACUUUUUUUAGAGACCUUGGUGAUAAAGGGCUAAUUUCGUAUACUGAGUAUCUUUUCUUGCUUACAAUCCUCACUAAACCUCAUACUGGGUUUCAUGUUGCUUUUAAAAUGCUAGAUGCAGAUGGCAAUGAGAUGAUUGAGAAAAAGGAGUUUUUUAAGCUACAGAAGAUCAUAAGUAAACAAGAUGACUUAAAGACAAUGAAAACUAAUGAAAUAGACUGUCAGGAACAAGUAAUGAAAGAACCUGAAAUUAACACAACCCUUCAGAUGUACUUCUUUGGAAAAAGAGGAGAAAGAAAACUUCACUAUAAAGAAUUUCGAAGAUUUACAGAAAAUUUACAAACAGAGAUUCAAGAAAUGGAAUUCCUUCAGUUUUCUAAAGGUUUGAGUUUCAUGAGAAAAGAAGACUUUGCAGAGUGGCUACUUUUUUUCACUAACACUGAAAAUAAAGACGUUUAUUGGAAAAACGUUAGAGAGAGGUUGUCAGCAGGAGAGAGCAUUAGUUUGGAUGAGUUCAAGUCAUUUUGCCAUUUUACAACCCACUUGGAAGACUUUGCUAUUGCCAUGCAAAUGUUUAGCUUAGCUAAUCGACCUGUCAGACUAGCGGAGUUUAAGAGAGCUGUAAAAGUAGCAACAGGACAAGAGCUCUCAAACAAUAUUUUGGACACGGUCUUCAAGAUCUUUGAUUUGGAUGAUGAUGAAUGCCUUAGCCAUGAAGAGUUUCUUGGGGUGUUAAAAAACAGGAUGCAUCGAGGUUUAUGGGUGCCACAACAACAGAGUAUACAAGAAUACUGGAAAUGUGUGAAAAAAGAAAGCAUUAAAGGAGUAAAAGAAGCCUGGAAACAAGCUGGAAAAGGCCUUUUUUAAAUUAAAAUAAUAAUAAGGCAAUUAUAUUGCUCCAAAUGUCAAAAUUUGAUAUUUUUUAAAAAAUACUUGCUGCUCUUCCUUUUAAGUCUUCCCUGAUUUCCUUUGUAAUAUAAAGAUGCCAUAUAUUUGCUCUCUAAUUCAAUAAUUUCUUUUUUUUUUUUUUUUUGUUUUUUUUUUUUUUUAAAGAGAGAGUGAGAGAGAUAGAGGUAGAGAGAGAGAGAGAAUUUUUUAAUAUUUAUUUUUUAGUAUUUGGCGGACACAACAUCUUUGUUUGUAUGUGGUGCUGAGGAUCGAACCCGGGCCGCACGCAUGCCAGGUGAGCGCGCUACCGCUUGAGCCACAUCCCCAGCCCCCCAAUAAUUUCUUGAUACGUUUUCAGAGAAGAACUUUUUAGGAAGGAAAAUAUUGUUUUAUAAAAUCAGAUAUUGGAUUCUGUCCAAAGACCUAAUUCCAAGUAACAUUUAGUGCUUUGGGAAGAUGGAAAAGCUUACUUCUUCACUGAUUCUUUAGACACAAAAGCAUGAUACGCUUUCUGGAAGAGUGGAUAAGUGCUUAUGGGAAAAAAGUACUUGAUUCACAAGGCCAGUGUUGAUUUCAGAAGUUGUGAUGUUCCUAAUAGGGUAAAUGAAGUUAAAACUUGAGACUUUUCUCAUUUGCAUCGUAUCUCAUGUCUGUUUUAUGUCAGUUAGCUGUACAUUUGGUGUCUUUAAAAUAACAUGUAAAAAAUGUUUGUAUCUUAUAUCUGGAAGCAGAAUAAAAUAUUCACACAUACAAAAUA